AUGGGCCACAAGCAAUACUUGGCCGUGAGCCAGUCGGCCCGGAACCGGCUCUUCGGGAUACCCAACAAGAAGCCAGUGCCACUGAACAUGCUGAUAUCGCAGCAGGGCAAAUUAAACCAUGGUCACCUCGCAGUUAUCACGUUCAGUAUAUGCACUGUCGUCCUGGGUGUCAUACUAUCAUUUGUGCCUUGGCUGGACUAUAUUAUAUUUAGGGAAUUAAGGUUAUGGAAUGGUUCACUGAGCUACAGCUACUGGCAGCGUCCGGGUGUCAUCAGAUUAACCAAAGUGUAUAUCUUUAACGUCACAAACCCUCAAGGGUUUCUGGAGAAUGGGGAGAAGCCCAAGUUGAAUGAAGUUGGCCCUUUCGUUUAUAGAGAAGAUAUGGAGAAGGUCAACAUCAAAUUCCACGAUAACGACACGGUUACGUACCAACACAACAAAAUAUUGCGAUUCGUUCCUGAACUAUCUGUCGACAAGAAUCAAAAACUCGUCGUACCAAACAUACCGCUUUUGACAGUCACCUCAUUCUCACCAAACCUCGCGGGCUGGCUGUUCAACUUGCUCGUUUCUGGCUUAGCAAUUACGUACAGAGAAAGAGCUAAACCAUUUGUUCAUGUUACCGCUGAAGAAUUGGUCUUUGGGUACAACGACCCUCUAGUGACUCUUGCACACUACUUCUACCCUAAAGGAAAGAGACCAAACAGUCAGAUGGGACUUUUGCUCGCCAGAAACGGAACACUAGAAGAGGUAUCGACAAUCUACGCGGGUCAAGAUAUGGAGAAGUUCGGCUAUCUGGACAAGUUGAAUGGACUGGAUCACCUGCCCUACUGGCCUGAGAGUCCUUGCAAUGAUAUAAGGGCAUCUGAAGGGUCAUUCUUUCCACCGAAGCUGAUAGCGAAGAGCGACAUAGUAUACGUGUAUGAUAAGGACUUAUGCAGGAUUAUGCCGUUCAAAUACAGGAAGAGCCUGUACAAAGAAGGUAUCCAAGCGGGUCUCUACACUCCUCCGAGUAACUUUUUAGAAAACGCAGACAUCAAUGAAGCGAACAAGUGCUACUGUCAAAACGAUAAAUGUCCUCCGAGAGGUAUACAGAACAUAAGCCCGUGCCAAUAUAAUGCUCCAGUCUAUCUCUCGUACCCUCAUUUCUACGAUGCGGAACCAUCUCUUCUAGAAGAGUUUGAAGGCCUCAAGCCAGAUCAGAAGAAACAUGAAAGCUAUAUCCUGCUGCAACAAAAAAUCGGAGUACCCAUUGAAGCACAAGUGCGAGUGCAGCUCAACAUAAAAGUGGACCAGGCUCCUAACAUCAGAGUCAACAGCAUACACAAAUUUCCGAGCAUCAUAUUCCCUGUGAUGUGGGCACAAGAGGGUAUCGACGGCAUACCCACGUCGAUAUGGAGAUGGAUAUUCUUGGGUACAACAUUUGGUCCAAUAGCCGCACCAAUCAUAUCUUACUCCUUAAUAGCAAUAGGUGUAGGUAUUUUAAUAAGUGUUUUUAUAAAAGCGUACAAAAACUUCGUGAUAGGUCAAAACACUUUAGAAAUAGUAGACAUUGGUCGAGAAACUAUACGGCGUGGUUCUACUCUUAUAAUAAAUAGUUCACACAAAAUCUUGCCCCAUAAGGAGACGUCGUACCAACCUUUGAACCAAUCAAACUCUUCUACACCAAAUGGGCGUCAAGAAGAAAACAUACAGGAGUUAAAUUUUAUGAAUCAAUCAAAUAAUUUAAGUACAAGCAUUGAUGAAUUGAAAUCAAUUUUAAAUAGAGAUUUCGUAAAAGCGAACUUCUCGGAAAUGGAACGGGAAUCAUUAAUACAGUCAGACAAUACGUUCAUAAUGUCGGAACAUCGUCGAAGUAGGAUAUACAAAGUAACAGACAGUUUUUAG